ACAAGAACCGAGAGUGGGGAAAUCCCCAAAUCCCCAAAUCCCGAGCUCCCUCCCAUGGACAUGGAGAGCGACGAGGCCGCCGCGCGCUCCCUCGCGGCCGUCCCCGGAGGCGGCGGGAGUGAUUUCUUGAGCCGCCUCCCCGACCACCUCCUCGUCGACAUCCUCCUCCGCCUCUGCACCAAGGAUGCCGUCGCGACGACCGUCCUCUCCAGGCGAUGGCGCGCCGUAUGGCCUGGGCUCCCCCACCUCAACUUCGACGGCGUCGACCCCUCCGUACCCGCCCGUGCGCUCGCUUCCUACCAGGACCUCGCCGCGUUCGACAUCCAGCGCCUCGCCGUCUCGCCCAAUCAGGUGGACGCGCAGGAGACCUCCGCCUGGCUUGCCCUCGCCGCGCCCCGCCUCACUGGCCCGCUACACUUAGACAUCAGCCGUGCUCUUUCGGAGGAGGCAUUGGAUGACCUCCAUGGCGGACGAGGUCGAUGACACGACCAGGAGGCCUUGGAGUUCCCCUGCUUUGUCAGAGCCACGGAGAUUCGACUUGACCUGGCGUUUCUUGCCCCGGUGUUGCCACCAAUUGGCGUCUUCGAGGCGCUUAGGUCGAUCUUCCUGCAUAAUUUUCGAUGCCAAGGCCAGAUCAUCUUCAACGACAUGGUGUUUCCUUUCCUGCAACAUCUGACCAUGAACAGGGCCCGUUGCCUGAACGUGCUGAUCAACUCCAACGCGCUGGUAUCCGUUCACCUAUCUUACUUCAUGCUGCUGCAGCAGCUUGCCAUCAUGGCUCCAGGGCUACAGCAGCUAGAGGUGCUGUGCUGCUUCUAUGACGCGCCCAUACCAGUUGCCAACAUUACUGUGGAAAGCUUAGAGGUUCUCAGCUGGGAUGGGCCGUAUGACGCAGAGUUUGUUCACUUUGGAGAGAUGCCUUGCCUCUGGAGGCUCAGAGCCCCUCCCAUCUUCACACUUCGGUGGGAGGAAUUUCAGAUGGCUCAGAUUUGUGCAAGGUUUCUAAAUCGGUUUGCAGCAGUUAAUCAGCUGGAGCUUCACAUGAGUCUUGGCGUGAGUCUUCUUUCUUGGAUACAUUUUUUACAGUCUCCUCUUGAACUUAAAUUGCCCAGAUAUGAUAGAAUUGAUUUUCUCUUCCAAUAAUUGUUAGACAACGUUACAUCACGAUCCAGAGGAGGUGUUCGGCUGGUACUAGGGAUAGAGAUAGAUCUUGGUUGUUAGUUUAAACAUAUUACAAUUGUAACCAUCUCUAUCUCCUUCCUCCUUCUCCAAGUAAUCUCAUCCGAGAUUCCCUCUCUGUAACGAUCUUCUGAUCGCCCUCCUGUACCGAUCGUUGGGGUCGCGUCCCCCUCUCCAUAUAACGUGAACCACGUCCCUCGAGAGAGGUAAGACGUUUUCCGCUA